CUUCCAUGCUGAGGUUUGUCAGCGUCUGUCCAGGCAGUUGAUAAAUAGAACGGAGCCUAGUUAAGACACUCCUAAUCCUCAGCCGGGCUCCUGCCAGCUCACAUCCACCCUGUCUCCCCCUACAUUUCCUCUGCCAGCUCCGCCCCCUCAGCUACAGGGACAAGGAAACCCCAGGAGCAGCAGCAGGAAAAUAGUGUCUGGUCCAGCCCUUUGAGGCAGGGCCUAGGUUUUCAUGGUUAAAACUGGAAGGCAAGGAGGACCUGGGGUGGUCCACACAAGGUCCUUCAAAUACACAUCUGUGACCCCAGCAGUAAGUGCUGGCACCUGGCCUUGCCCAUACUGGGCAGCUGAGGGGAGAGUUAGGAAGGGCCUGAGGCCUAGCCAGCAUCCAAUGGAGGACAAGAAGAAGAAAAGGAGUCCCAAGCCCUGCCUGACCCAGCCGGCCCAGCCCCCAGGCACGCUACGCAGGGUCCCAGUGCCCACCAGCCACAGCGGCUCCUUGGCCCUGGGACUCCCUCAUCUGCCAUCCCCCAAGCAGCGGGCCAAGUUCAAGAGGGUCGGCAAGGAGAAAUGUCGCCCAGUGCUGGCAGGAGGUGGGGGUGGCUCUGCAGGAACCCCCCUGCAGCACUCGUUCCUGACCGAGGUGACCGACGUCUAUGAGAUGGAAGGCGGGCUGCUGAACCUGCUCAAUGAUUUCCACUCAGGCCGGCUGCAGGCCUUCGGGAAGGAAUGCUCCUUUGAGCAGUUGGAACACGUGCGGGAGAUGCAGGAGAAGCUGGCCCGGCUGCACUUCAGCCUGGACGUGUGUGGAGAGGAGGAGGAGGAGGAGGAGGAGGAGGACGGGGUCACUGAGGGGCUACCUGAGGAGCAGAAGAAGACGAUGGCUGACCGCAACCUGGACCAGCUGCUUAGCAAUCUGGAAGAUCUUAGUAAUUCUAUACAGAAGCUGCACCUGGCUGAGAACGCCGAGCCUGAGGAGCCGUCAGCUGUGUAGGUGUCGGACGCAGGCUCAGACUGCUCCUUCUCAUUCCCUUCAAACUGUGACUUUUUACGGACUCGAUUGGGUGUUCCGCGGCCCCCCCAGGUGCUAUGGGGGAGGGGGGCAUUGGAUGGAAUUAAACCAUAAAGAA